CCUUGUCCUUCUUCUUCUUCUUCUUCCCGCUUUGUGGUUUCGUCUGUACAGUGUCGUCUUCCGCUUAUUAAUUACGGGAAUUGAAUGGGUGUGGGAGGGAAGUUCUGGGAUUUGCUGAAACCUUAUGCUCGACAACAAGGGUUUCAUUAUCUCAGAGAUAAACGUGUUGCUGUUGAUCUUUCCUCUUGGAUCGUUCAGCAUGAGACUGCCGUUAAGGGUUUUGUCCUUAAACCUCACCUCAGACUCACUUUCUUCCGAACAAUCAACCUCUUCGCCAAGUUUGGAGCGUAUCCCGUUUUUGUGGUUGAUGGAACACCUUCACCCUUGAAAUCUCAGGCGAGAAUCUCCCGGUUUUUCCAAUCUUCUGGAAUUGAUACUUCGAGUCUGCCUGCAAUCAAAGAAGGUGUCUCGGUUGAGAGAAACAAGCUGUUUUGUGAAUGGGUUAGGGAAUGCGUGGAGCUGCUCGAAUUGCUCGGUAUCCCGGUUGUGAAAGCAAAAGGUGAGGCUGAAGCUCUCUGUGCACAACUGAAUAGUCAAGGUUAUGUGGAUGCUUGCAUUACUCCUGAUAGUGAUGCUUUCCUAUUUGGUGCUAAGUGUGUCAUCAAAGGCAUUAAGCCUAAUUCAAGAGAGCCAUUUGAGUGCUACCAUAUUUCAGAUAUUGAAGCUGGCCUUGGUCUGAAGCGGAAACACUUGCUAGCCAUGUCUCUAUUGGUUGGAAAUGACUAUGAUUCAGGUGGUGUUCUUGGGAUUGGUGUGGAUAAAGCACUUCGUAUUGUCCGUGUGUUCUCCGAAGACGAGAUACUCGAAAGCCUACAUGACAUUGGAAAAGGGAUGAAACCUGCAUUCAAUGAUGGAAUCAAAUCAUUGAAUGAUGGUGAAGAAUCCUGCUCCGAGAUGAAAAGAAGAUUUCCUCAUUGUUCUCGUUGUGGACACCCGGGCAGCAAGAGAACUCAUUUCAAAUCCUCUUGUGAGCAUUGCAGUAUCGAUAGUGGUUGCAUUAUGAAACCAUUAGAGUUUAGAUGUGAGUGCUCUUUUUGUUCCAAGGAUCGAGAUUUGAAGGAACAGAAGAAAACCGAGAAUUGGUGGAUUAAAGUCUGCGAUAAAAUUACUCGAGGGCCAGAAUUCCCAAACAGAAAGAUUAUUGAACUGUAUCUAUCCGAUAGCUUCACAGAAGAGGGAUUUUCAAUGUCUUGGGGAACUCCUGAUACCGAAAUGCUAGUGGAUUUCAUGGUUUUCAAACUGCAUUGGGAUCCGUCUUAUGUUAGGAAAAUGUUGCUUCCGAUGUUGUCGACCAUAUAUCUAAGAGAGAGGGCAGAAAACAACGCGGGAAAUCCAUUGUUAUAUGAACAAUACGAAUUUCACUCAAUCAAGUGCAUAAAUACUAGAUAUGGGCAUCAGUCCUUUGUGGUAAGAUGGAGAAAACCCAUAUCUACAAGUGGUUUUACUCAGGGAGAGGCAGAAAAAUCGAUUGUUGUAUGGGAAGACGAGCUAGUCGAAGACGAGGAGUCUGUUGAUCCCUUAGAUGGGUUAAAUGAACCACAAGUGCAAGAUGAUAAUGGUGACUGCUUCUUGCUAACUGAUGAAUGCAUAGGACUUGUUCAGUCUGCUUUUCCUGAUGAGACAGAGCACUUCCUGCAAGAGAAGAAAAUGCGAGAGUCGAAAAAUAAGAAUGUUUCUAAAGAAGCAUCAUCAUCAAGAACAACAACAAUGGGUGUACAAAGAAGUAUUACCGAUUUCUACCGUUCAACGAAAACAGCAGUAGACACUGGGGGAACUCAAAUAGCUUCUAUCUCUGCUGAAAAGAAGAGACAAGCAACUUCUACUAGUAGUAGCUUUUCAAAGUCUGUAAGGCGUCGUCUUUUGUUUGGAUAGAACAUUCUUGAUUGGAAACUAUCUUUUCGAUCUUUUCUCCAUCUGUGACUUACUGAUCUUUUUAUUAACGGUUUAUAAAAUAAAAAAAAUGGUGCUG